AUGAGAUGUUUUUUUAUGCUUGAUUUGGUCAUGGUGAGGCAAAGCUUUGACCUUGUUUUGAACAAGGUUUCGAUGCAGAUUUGCACCAAGCUGCUGGAAUUGUUUUUGUCUUUAGAAAUUUUCCAUAGGAAGUAUCUAUCAGUAGGAUCUGGAAUUACCGAAAAGAAAAUGGGUGAGAUUGAUAGCAAACUAUCAGUAGGAUCUGGCAUUCCCGAAAAGAAAAUGGGUGAGACCGAUAGUAAACUAUCAGUAGGAUCUGGCAUUCCCAAAAAGAAAAUGGAUGAGGUCAAUAGAGAAUUAUCAGUAGGGUUUAGCAUUACUGAAAGAAAAUGA